GCGUACUUUGCAAGCUCGAUCUCUUGCUGAAGCAUGCUUGGAUUGCGCGGGGCGUUGCAGGCGAUGCUACGCUGUCUUGCUACGUUGCACCAGCCGCUUCGGUAGUUGCUGCUUGCCCUUGGCUCGAAUCGUUUAAAAGUUAGCCGCCGUUGACGCUGCAACCACAUGAAUCAGGACAUCAGACCUAUUUCCUGGUGAAACUUUAGAUGACCUGUAUCAUCAGCAUCUGUUUUUAAAAUGGCAAGUGCUACUUUGCGCCAUGGAGUGACCAUCACUGGAGCUAUCCUGCUGGUGACGGGGACUCUCUGUUUUGCUUGGUGGAGUGAUGGUGAGAUGGGAGCCACCCCAUCUAGCAGUGAGCCAAAGAUCAUGCCGGAUGGAGAGGUCGGACCAGUGGCAAGCUCUUCUUCCUCAUCUAAUGCAGUGCUCAGGUCCAUAAGCUUCUUCUGCUGUGGAAUUGGCGGUCUCCUCCUCCUCUUUGGCCUUCUGUGGUCAGCCAAUGCAGGGAUAAUUUCUCGCCGCUAUCAGUACCAUUUUUCCAGGGAACUUCAUUACUCCACCGUGGAGCCUCUUGAGAAACAGACCUGCAGCACCUGGGAUCCAGGCAGUAUUCCCUCCUAUGAAGAAGCCUUGAAUUGCCAGCCUGCUGAAAACGGCCCAAACUGCACACAGCCCAACAGCCUGAAGGAGAGCAGGCCCCCCUUGUAUCAAGUGGUGGACGAAAAUGACACACGGCAUGCCGGCCGUAGGCGCAGUUCCUCUGAUAGCGCUUUGUUCCGGAAUAUUCUGCCGAGGCUGGAGUCGGCAUCGUGGGACGACUUGAGCGUCGUCUGCGACACUCCGCCCCCUAGCUAUGAGAGUGUUCGCUCGUGCGACGGGUGAUCUUGGGAUCAGGUUCAUCUUGCUUGGGAAUCUCUAGAUUACUAUUGAGCUGACACCUGCCUUUUUCUUAAAUUAGUUAUUUGUGGCAAGCUGGAGUGGAAAAGCUAAAUAGCUAUUAAAAAUACGAACAACUGUUUUGUCUUUUCGUAGGGGUCCCUGCCGAAUUGUCGGAGGUCAGUCUCGACAUUGCUCUUUUAGUGUGCGACUAAUGUGAAUACAAUGCUUCAUGUGCCAAGAAUGAUGCUUCAGAAGCACAUACUUAAGUGCACAGAAAAUUCAAACUUCCGCUAAAUGAAAGAACUGCUUUCAUAGGUUACACUGCUGCAGGCCUUUAAGGACAGUACAUAGCGAAUUUGGGUAACCAGACUGUGGAUAUAUGACAUUUUGAAAAUGUUCUGAAAUGCUCUUAAUAAAAUUACUAUCCAUUCUGAA